AUAGACCGACGAUUGGCACCAGUUUCCUAUUGAUGUUUUUACUUUAGCAUCCCUAAUAUAUUCCUUUAAUGGCAUUUGUUAACGAAACUGUGGAAAAUGAUUCCACGACCGUUAGUGUUGCCGUCAGAAUUAGGCCACAAAGUGCCAAAGAGAAGCUCGCCAUGAGCCACAUUUGUACCAUCGUGAACCAUGAUGCUCCUCAGAUCACUCUCGGAAAGGAUUAUUCUUUUACCUUUGAUUACGUAUUCAAUAUGAACUCCGUUCAGGAACAAGUUUUCCAGCUUCUCGCAAGGCCACUGAUUGAUGGUUGCCUCAGCGGAUAUAACGCUACCAUCUUGGCUUACGGCCAGACUGGAUCUGGAAAAACAUACACCAUGGGCACAGGGGUAGAUCCAGGCGUCGGAAACUUUGAGGCUGGAAUUAUUCCUCGAGCUGUACAGUAUCUUUUUACCCAGAUAGCCCAGUGCCGGUCAGAAGCAGCCAGGAAGCGCGAACCUGUUCCUGAAUUUAAAGUCGUUGCCCAGUUUCUCGAGUUAUACAACGAGGAACUCGUCGACCUUCUUGAUUGCAAUCGAGUAAGUCUAAUCUACUCUUUUAUGGUAUCAUAG